CGUCGCGUGAUGCGGAGCGUGGCGUCAGCCGAGUGCAUUACGUUUACUAUCAACAAAAUCCUCCUCCUAUAGGCGUGACACGCGUCGUAACACGUAGGAGUUGCGUAUCAGCCAUCUUCUUCCUUGUUACUUCUUACGUUUGGUGUAUAUCUUUUUUUCUCCCUCUCUCCAUUCUCUUUCUGUUCAUUCGAUAUCACACGCAACGAGGCGUGAUUCAUCAUUGUGUACUCCGUUCCUUCGAUCGACUUUUAAGCUGUCAAUCGAGCCACGAGAGAAUACGCACGUAUUUAAUUCACGCCCGAUAUAGUGACGUAUCGUUUGAAGAAAGAAAAAAAAAAAAAUUAAGAAAAAAAUACGCCGCUGUAGGAGUUAGAGAGCAACGCCUACGGUUAAGGUGUCACAUACGUGACUGAAUUUAUUGAUAUUGUCUGCUGCGAUAAUCAUUCUCGUACUAGUGAAGAGUGUUAUUUCCUCUGUGGAUAUAAGCCUAGAUAAGAGAUCGAGAGAGAGAGAGAGAGAGAGAGAGAGAGAGAGAGAGAGAAAGAGAAAGAGAAAGACAAUAAAAAAAGAAAGAAAGAAAGGAAGAAAAAAGGCCAACAGUUUGGAGGCCGUCGUCGAAUGGUUAUAUAAUUCCGUCCUUGAGAUAGGACCGACAAAAAAAGAAAAAGAAAAUACAACGCGUUACAGUUAACAAGCAAUAAAACCACCCACGCGACUUCUCCUGUCAGCCGGAUUUGCCCUCGUCCUUGCAACGUACUAUCCUAAGCAAGAGUAACCUAAACGCGUCCUGAAUUUCCAAUUCAUCGAAACGUCGAACGGAUCCGACGAGGGUGCGUGCCUUGACUGAAAGGCUGAAGGAGGAAAAGAGGGGAGAACGAGAAAGAGGGGGAGUAACAGAACUAACGAGCGAGAGAGAGAGAGAGAGAGAUAGAGAGAGAUAGAGAGAAAGAAAGAAAGAAAGAAAGAGAGAGAAGGGAGUGCGAUUGUGUGUGCAGACCACGAGUGCGGGCGCGCACUGUAUAAAAGUAGAGGAGAGGGAAGGAGGGACGACCUUCGACUUGUCAUCGGCGAAAGACUGUCUCGUGGCACCGAUGGUGCGAAACUUGACAAUGGAUCAAACAUUUUACGAGGACGCUACGAGCGUUUACGGUGUUGUAAAUCGUGAAAAUAAUAAUAUGGGCCAACCGAAACGUAAUUUAACAUUGGAUUUAAACAAUUGUCAGAGACAAGGGCAACAGGCAAAAAGACCUAGAUUAGGUCCUUUACCGACAACAUUGAACAAUGUUGCACCGAUAUUGAGCUCGCCGGAUUUAAACAUGUUAAAACUCGGAUCGCCGGAAUUAGAGAAAUUGAUAAUCGAACAACAGGAUGGUAGUGGGGGUAUUGUUUCAUCCUUACCGACCCCAACGGCACAAAUAUUAUUUCCAAAGACGGUUACGGAAGCUCAAGAACUUUAUGCUCGUGGUUUCGUAGAUGCUUUAAACGAGCUACAUCAUUCGGAUAGUUCCCAAGAACCUGGUAGCUUACAUGGAGCUACUUACACAACUUUGGAACCACCCGGUAGCGUACAAAGCGUCGGCACGGAGUCCUCGGUGAGUCAGGGACUAAUGCAAAUAAAGGAUGAACCUCAAACGGUACCUAGCGUUUCAAGCUCGCCGCCUAUGUCACCGAUAGACAUGGAAAAUCAAGAAAGGAUCAAACUUGAAAGGAAGAGGCAACGAAAUCGCGUUGCCGCUUCCAAGUGUCGCAGGCGCAAACUCGAACGUAUUUCCAGGCUGGAGGACAAGGUCAAAGUUCUCAAAGGCGAGAACAGCGAAUUGAGCGCGGUCGUACAUAAACUUAAGGAACACGUUUGCCGGCUUAAGGAACAGGUGAUGGAUCACGUACAAUCUGGCUGUCAAAUUAUGACGGUUUCGGGCCAGUUUUGAAAUGAAAAAAAUUUUGUUGAAGGUCUCUCCGUCGCAAAAGAAAAAAAAAAAAAAGAAAAAAAAAAAAGAAAAGUGAGGAGGAAUUAAUUGAAUCCUUUUAUUUAAUACGCAAGUUCAAUCCA